UAAUCAUAAAAAUAAAUGUAUGCUCAAUGGAAGUAUGUAUUUUAAAGGUGUCAGUUGUCCAUAAAAGUAGACCAAAGCUAUAUUUCCAAAGCUGUCAUCAGACGGCUGUCGUUGACAGCUAGCUUGCUCUAAAAACAACAUUCGACAGCCAUGAAGACGCACUGACGGUUUUUAAGCUACACCGGUCGCUGUCCAAGAAUAUUUUUCCAGAUCUGUGUGUGCUGGGACCCGAUGUCGUCGUGGAGAGAGAGACUAAAAGAAUGAGCAUCCAGUGAGCCAGUGAGACCAGAUCGCAAGACAGACUCACGUCUUUGACAUCCCCCCCACUAUCCGUUUUUAUUUCAAUAGACAUUAGGCCCCAUUAGGCAUCAUGACAUCCUCUAUGCUACGCCGACAAUUGAAGAACCUCGUUCAAAACUUCUCUGAGGCUGAGGUCAAGGUGAGGGAGGCCACCUCCAACGACCCAUGGGGUCCCUCUAGCUCACAGAUGGCUGACAUCUCGGACCUCACCUACAAUGUGGUGGCCUGCAAUGAGAUCAUGACCAUGCUGUGGAAACGCCUCAAAGACGAUAAGAACUGGAGGCACAUCUACAAGUCAUUGACUCUGCUGGAGAACCUAUUAAAGACGGGCUCAGACCGCGUUCUGAAUACGAUGAAGGACAACAUCUACAUUGUGAAAGCGCUAACAGAGUUCCGUUUCCAGGACAAGGAUGGGAAAGAUCAGGGGGUGAACGUGAGGGAGAAGGCCAAGGUAGUACUGGUUCUUAUGGAGGACGACGAGAAACUAAAGGAAGAGCGAGAGUUUGCACUCAAGACCAGAGACAAGAUCUCAAAGAACGCCACUGCCUCCUCGGACGACCCCAACGACCCCAAGGACCCCAACUACAAGCCAGUGUAUGUCCCAGGAGCCACCGGGCUCCCCUCCCUAGCCAACAUCCCAUCUGUGGCUGAUCUUGCCGCCAGCUUUGAGGCCAAGAAGCAAGAAAAACUGAGACGAGAGGCCCAGAAAAAAGAGGAGGAACGAAGGUCAAAGAUGACCAAGGAAGAGCUUGAAUGGGAGGAUGCCGCCAAAGCAGGAAAGCCUAAGGUUGCCGAUGGCUUUGGUGGGGCAGAUGAACCAUCAGAGGACGAUGCAUGGGGCGCAGCAGCCAAAGCACCCGCUCCUGAUCCUUGGGGGGGUGCGCCCAAAGCUCCAUCCGAGGAUGCAUGGGGUGGAACAUCCAAAGCUCCAUCCGAGGAUGCAUGGGGUGGAACAUCCAAAGCUCCAUCCGAGGAUGCAUGGGGUGGAACAUCCAAAGCUCCAUCCGAGGAUGCAUGGGGUGGAACAUCCAAAGCUCCAUCCGAGGAUGCAUGGGGUGGAACAUCUAAUGCUACAACAGAAGAAGCAGAUCCUUUUGCGGCGCCAGCCAGUGCCCCAAUAGAUGGUUCAGAUCCUUUUGCGGCGCCAGCCAGUGCCCCAAUAGAUGGUUCAGAUCCUUUUGCGGCGCCAGCCAGUGCCCCAAUAGAUGGUUCAGAUCCUUUUGCGGCACCAGCCAAUGCCCCAAUAGAUGGUUCAGAUCCUUUUGCGGCUCCAAAAGAUGGUUCCGAUCCAUUUUCGGCACCAUCCAAUGCACCAUCUAAAGUUGAAGCUGAUCCAUUUGGGGCACCAAAAGAUGAUCCAUUUUCAGCACCAUCCAAUACACCAAAAGGUGGUUCUGAUCCGUUUGGGGCACCAAAAGAGGAUACAUUUUCAGCACCAUCCAAUACGCCAAAAGACGGUUCAGAUCCCUUUGUGGCACCAAAAGACGGUUCAGAUCCUUUUGGGGGCCCAUUGAAUGUCCCAACGAAGGGUGCUGAUCCUUUUAGUGCACAAUCCAGUCCAAAAACCGAUGCUUCAGACACGUGGGGUGCUCCAUCUAAUCCACUGUCCGAAAAGAAGGCUGAUCCCUGGGGAGACGAGGGGACCACAGCUGCCUCUCCCCCCACAGAUCCAUUUGGUGAUGGCUCGAAGGCUGAUGGUGACGCAUGGGGACCAACAGCAUCGCCUCCGCCCACCGCCAGUGACCCUUGGGGUGCACCUGCAGCUCCCACUGACACAGCAUCCACAGACGAGCCCUGGGGAGAUGGAGGGGCUUCCACCACCACAGACGCUAUGAACUCUGACCCAUGGGGAGCUCCAAGUAAUGGCACAGGCCUACUUUUCCUCUCUCUCUCUCUCUCUCUACAGACAAUGGAGACACAGCGGACGAAGACAACAAAUCGCCAGCUUCCUUCCAUGGUGCCGGCGCUUCGCUCGUGGACGUGGGCUCAGUCCUUUCCCCCCAAACCCAAACACCCCCCCCGCACCAAGUAACAAAGUAAGGACGGGUAAACGAGAGACCAGACCCUGAGAGAGAUAGACAGAGAGAACCAGAGGGUGAAUAUGAGAAGUAUAUUUCUGUUCAAAGCAGUGUUAGUGAUUCAGUGUUUUCACUAGGCCUUCCUCCCCCCUAUAGUUCAUAACUGUUGUGUGGGUCAGUAUCAGUAUCGGUAGUAGCCAUGCAUAGAGUUUUAGAGAUGUAACCUUUUCACUCCUCUCUCUGUUCUAUACUCUCUCUUGGAAUGCUCUGUACUGUAUAUCUGUCCUCCCUCCCUUUCCCCAUUUUCUUUUGCCUUUCCUAAUUUCCUAGGCGUUUUACAAGGCCCAGGCAUGUCUGGCCCUAUGGGCAGAGUCACAUCCAUUGCUGGAGUGUCUCGUACUACAAUCUCCCCAAACUCCAGCCUUUUUGGUUCCACCCACAUGUCCCACGGUGUUACCCGCCUUUGGGUCCCACGACCCCUUGCUGGGGCCUCCUUUAACCCAGCUAUCAUCCCAUUCCCUGGGAAUGCCUCAUCCUGGCCUGGCAUUGCCCGAAAUGGGACCUCAGAUGGCAUGCCCCUGUUUUGGAGCUGGGAUGGUACAACCCAAUUGUCUGGGUUGGGUUCCUCCGGCAGGACACGCUGCAGUGGAGCUUCCACUCCUCAAAUGGGAGGGUGGUCCCUUUGCAGUGACACAUGAUUUUAGACACCAGAAUGGGAGAUCCUCCCCAACAGAAACAACAAUCCUAUACUGCUACAACCUGUCCAGCUCACCUUCCUCAACCCCAAUAUCUGCAAUGGUUAAUAUAAUGUACAUGUCCAAUGUAAGUGUAUGCAAUAAUAUGUAAGAAAUGAAACCAGACAAAAUAUAAGUAUCUCAAAAUAGUUUUUCCAAGAAAAACAUUCAAUUUUGGUUGAUUUGAUGUUCAUUUCGGUUCUUUCAAGAGUGGGAAGCUGAGAUGGGGCCGUAGGAGUUAGUUCCAUUUAGUCCUUCUGUGAUUUUGUUCUUGUGCUGUGAUUUUUCAAUUAGACUGGUUAUUAUCAAUGCUCACCUUCUCUAUGCUUGACUCAUAAGGCUCUGAGAUAGGUGGAUGGAGGGUUAAGAAGACCUGAUGAAUCAUUACAGUAGUCUACAAUGGAACAUGUACACAGAAAGAACAGGAUGUCAGUAGAGCUGCUAUCAGGGUGUGUGUGUGUGUGUGUGUGUGUGUGUGUGUGUGUGUGUGUGUGUGUGUGUGUGUGUGUGUGUGUGUGUGUGUGUGUGUGUGUGUGUGUGUGUGUGUGUGUGUGUGUGUGUGUGUGUGUGUGUGUGUGUGUGAGAGAGAGAGAGUUUUGUGUGGAGGUGAGAUCCUUGAGCAAAAGUAACUUAUUUGUGUUUUUUUUUUUUUAAAAGUACAAUUGUAUCUAUUUAUUAAUUUACUUAUUAGCCUAUUUACUGUAUUUAUUAAUUCAAUUAUUUGUUUGUUUCUUGAACACAUGGCCUCCGACAGAUACUUUCAAAACAAACUAGAGCCAUAUUCAAAUUCAAUCAUCUCACAUUACUUACAGCAAGCAUCAAAGUGGUCAUUGUCCUGUGGGUUUCUUUAGUUGACCAUUGACUUUAGUUGGAAAAGGUCAUAUCCAAUUGGAUAGAACCCAUAAUCAUCCACAUUAUCAGCCAAUAACCUAUAGUGGCUUUAUUUUGCUUUUGUCAUUUUAUACACUUAAGUCUACUUAUUUACUUGUGUUUGGGAACGAACAGAUUGUGUACAAAAUGAAAGCUGAAUUUGUCAUCUUUUUUUUCCCCCUGUCCUUGCGUAUGUUGUUGAAAACUGUAUCUCAGUCAGUUGAAAGUCUUUUUGUCAAAUAUUUGUAUGACAAGACAACAUCCCAUGCACACGGUAUUGUUAUGCUUAUCUAUUCAGUGAGUUUUCAUCGUAAGGCCUAUGAAUCCUACGGGAUGCUUGUCAUUCUGUGUUUUGCGUUUCCUCUUUGGCCUCAAACAAAACAGUUGAAAUACAACAACACAAAAUGUGAAGUGAAAUGAAAAUGAAUUCAUCUGAAUCGUAGUGCAAAAGGAUUAGUGUUGUUACGAUAAUACAUUUUAUCGUGGCUACUAUUAUCAUUUAAUUCGUAUGAUAUGCUUUUUUUUAUUUAUGUCAAGGCUGUGGUGGAAACUGUGACAGUAACACAUUUGAGAAAUAAAGUUAUUCAAUACUUGA